AUGAGCGAAACAAUAAACGAAGUAUACGAUGUCAUCAUCGUCGGUGCAGGCCCCUGCGGUCUCGCCACAGCUUCUCGGCUCCGUGAGCACACUCCAGCCGCCCUCUUCACGGACGAGGAGCACCGCCGUUACCACUGGAUUGGCAAGUACGGCAAGCAAGUCGCCCUCAAGCACGUAAAAAGUGGCAAAAUCUCCCAGGCUCAACACUCGAAAGCUUCUCGCCCCGAAUACAAGAUGCUCGUGUUGGACGCCACGGACAACAAGUGGCUCGGCCGAUGGAACCACCUCUUCAAGACAUAUGACAUCUCCCACUUGCGAAGUCCGAUGCUCUGGCACGUGGAUCCGCUGGAUAGAGACGCGCUUCUGGCUCACGCAUACUAUCACCAGCGAGAAGAUGAGCUUGUCGAGAUUCGCAAUUGUGUGGGCAAAGAGAUUAGCAAGCAUGCGAGCAAAAAGAUGGCCAAACGCCAAGUGUGUGGUGGCAAACAGGAGGCAAGGAUCGAUAUCAAUCUUCGAGAUCGAAACGACUACUACACGCCAUCCCAGGCCCUCUUCAGCGACCAUUGCGCGCAAGUCGCCGGACGAUACGAUCUUGGAGGGCAACUGAUCCGCAAGGAAACACUGCAAGACAUUGACUAUGGUGAAGUCAGGGGCGUUUCGGUAGAUGGCGCAAAGCUUUUCACUAUCACCACCGACAAGACCAGGCAAUACUACGCCAAAGCGGUCGUCCUUGCCGUCGGCCCAGCAAAUACACCCAAGAUCCCUCCGCUCCCGUCAGCUCCCUUCACAGCCGGCGGCACGAUCCCCCAGGCGUGCCACAGUAUGCAAAUCAAGCAGUUUCCCGACGCUCUUGUCCAAUCACGCAUUGCCGCCGGCUCUUCGACCAAUAUCCUCAUCAUUGGCGGCGGCCUCACCUCUGCACAGCUCGCUGUGUUGGCCCUGAAAAAGGGCGUGACCAAAGUAUGGCACCUCAUGCGAGGUCCUUUGAGGAUCAAGCACUUCGACGUCGACCUUUCAUGGAUGGGCAAAUACAAAAACGCCGAACAAGCACGUUUCUGGACAGCAGACUCGGAUCUUGAGCGCCUCGCCAUCAUAAAGGAGGCCCGCGGUGGCGGCAGCCUCACGCCUCUUUACUACAAGAAAGUGAAGAAGUGCAUCGCAGCCGGCACCAUAGAGCUACGCAACCAUACCACGCUCGUGGACGCAGAACUCAAGGACAUAGAUGGUUCGACUUUCUGGUCCGUCAAGACGGAGCCGCCCAUUGCCGGAUUGCCAGCUUUUGACUACAUAUAUUUCGCGACGGGGAUCCAAACGGACUUUACUUGCCUGCCGUAUCUGCAAACAAUGCUACAUAAAUACCCCAUACACGGGCAUGGUGGGUUCCCUUGCAUCAAUGAGGAUCUCAUGUGGAAAGAUGGUAUACCUCUAUUCUUGGCUGGACGGUUGGGAGCUCUUCAGAUUGGGCCAGCAGCACCGAAUAUCGGGGGAGCAAAAGUUGCGGCAGAGAGAGUGGCAUGGGCCAUUGAAGAUAUGAUCAAGCCAGAUUCAUACCAAGAGGAUCAUGAAGAGAACAGUGGACUAGCGAGUUAUCUCUCGGGCCAUGGAAACAUGUACAGCAUUUUACGGGAGGAGAACAACUAA